AUGGUAGCAAAAGGCAGAGCAGAUGAAAUUCUGGAAAAGACACCGCUGAGAGGUCCAGAGGACACGAAGCCGGGGCAGGUGGUGCUCAAAGAAGAGGACGAGUCUAAGCUUGAAUCGGGGGGUGAAGAGGCAAGUCCGCCGACCCAGGAAGGGGCUCCAGAGGAUGUCACAGAUGGAGGCAAGAUAAGCAAAGCCUUUGAGAAACUAGGCAAGAUGAUCAAGGAGAAGGUGAAAGGCCCCAAAGAACCCGAGGGCCUCCCCGCCCCGACCGAUCUGUACACCAAAGGACGGUACAUGAUGGUCUCCAGAGACUCCAGUCUCAUGGGUCCUGGCUUCUGUGUCUUCUCCAUCCCAGCCAAAGGGGGCGUGGUGGUUUCUAAGGGGGACAACUCUGUGCGUCCUGACAGCGGCAUGGAGCCCUCUCCCCAGCAGCCUGAGCCCCCUCUGGAGGAUGGACAGGGGCCCCCCCAGAGGAAAGAAGAUGGUCUGAAGGAUGAAAGGGGGCCCCCAGGGGAAAGAAGAUGGUCUGAAGGAGGAAGGGGGCCCCCCAGGGGAAAGAAGAUGGUCUGA